GAUGGUGGCUUGGAAAUGGACAUGCUGGGGGACCUUGAGUCCCUGCAGUUUGAGUAUGGGAUUCAAGAGGAAGAUCGCAGCUGGCUGUAUUUGCAGGGCCGUUCUCGAGGGCUGAUGAUCAAGGCCUGUGCCCAUGCAACCUUCUUCUGCAAGCUACUCUGUAAUUUGAGGGAAUCAUUCCAUGAGAAGCAAACUUCCAGCUGUCUCUUGACUGCAUUGCUUACUGGCAUUCGUGAUGAUGAUGAGUUAAAGGUGGGCAUCAUUGGAGGUGGCCACCUUGGGAAGCAGCUGGCUCGUGUACUGCUUCAGCUUGUCCCCAUCCCUGCUGAGAAUCUGAGGAUAUCCACUCGGAGGCCAGAGGCCCUGGAUGAGUUCCAGAAACUGGGAAUCCAGUGUUUUUACCAUAACCCUUAUUUGGUGGACUGGGCCAAUGUGAUAUUCCUCUGCUGCCUGCCAUCUCAGCUGCCUAACAUCUGCCUAGAAAUUCAAACCCGCCUUGAAAAAGGCUGCAUCGUGUACAGCUUUGUAGCUGCUGUCCCAAUAGCCAGGUUGAAACUCCUACUGAACCACACCAAUAUCUUGCGGCCUCAGUAUCACUGUGUUGAAGAUUUUGUCAACAUCUGGGGGGCCAAUAAGGACAUCACAGCUGCUCUCCGAGAUCCUGUGAUUCUUCGGGCUACCUGCCCCUACAGUCCUGCUGAGAACGAAGAUCUAGAAAACACCAAAGUCACCUCUGUAGUGGCUUCUGCCUCUGAUCCGGAACCCCGUUCCUCACCUUACAGGCCACAGAUGGUAUCUCCCAUGAGUGAGAAUGCCCCAGAAGAUCGAAGGAAGACAGCUGCUGCCUCGGAGGCACAAGCCUUGGUGGGACAGGAAGUGCUGCCUGCAGACCAGGCCCCGGUCCUCAACAAGAUGGCCAAGUACCAAGUUCCACAACGGUCUGGGGAUAUCGUUAUGAUCCAGUCUGAGCACACAGGAGCUAUAGAUAUCCUUUCCGCUGAUUUGGAAUCUGCAGAUCUCCUGGGGGAUCACAGGAAAGUGUCCCCACCUCUGAUGGCUCCUCCAUGCAUCUGGACCUUUGCCAAGAUGAAGGAAUUCAAAAGCAAGCUGGGCAAAGAGAAGAACAGCCGUCUGGUGGUGAAGCGGGGUGAAGUGGUGACCAUCCGGGUACCUACCCAUCCAGAGGGGAAGCGUGUUUGCUGGGAGUUUGCGACCGAUGACUAUGACAUUGGCUUUGGAGUUUAUUUUGACUGGACCCCUGUAACCAGCACUGACAUAACUGUGCAGGUCAGUGAUUCCAGUGAGGAUGAGGAUGAAGACGAGGAAGAGGAGGAAGAGAUGGAAGACCCUGUCCCCGUUGGCGAUGUGGAGAGAGGCUCCAGGAGCUCCCUUCGAGGUCGCUAUGGGGAGGUCAUGCCUGUGUACCGGCGGGACAGCCACCGAGACGUGCAGGCCGGCAGCCACGACUACCCCGGCGAGGGCAUCUACCUGCUCAAGUUUGACAACUCCUACUCCCUGCUCCGCAACAAGACUCUGUACUUCCACAUCUACUACACGAGCUGAAGGCCCGCUGGCACAGGAGGCGGGCGGGCGUCCGCUGGCCGGAGCAGGCUGCCAGCCGGCGCCUCUUGUUCUGGGUAGGCAGGAGCUCAAAGUUGAGCGUGAGGCUCCCGACCCUCGUGUCCUGCCUGGCAUGCCUGACUGUUGACCCCACGUAGCUUUUCCCCCUUCCUGGCUUCCGCAGGUGGUGGUGUAGUGCUCCUGUUCUGUGGUCCCUGACUCACGCUCCUCUUGCUUCAGACUCCAGCAAAACUCCCUCUGUGAAGGACCCCGUUGGGCAAAAGCCUAAAGGGAGGUUGGGUGUUAUCGUUUACAAUCAGGUCUGUUUGGGUCCAAGGCGUUCCAGUUGCUGCUCUCUCCUCUCCCGGAGCCUUUGUUGCAAAUGUGUUCAGUGGCACCCACUCUCCACUUUUUGAAAGUUCUGGAGGAUGAAAAGCACAUUGUCCGUGAAGGAGCCCAGCCUCUUGGCUGGAGAGAGCUCCGUCCAGCCUCUCACCACUGCCAUAUUCCCGCCUGCUGGUUCUUCGUGGUCUGUAGCACAGGCCGGGAGCCCUCACUGCCUUUGGAGGGGUGUCCGUGGUCCCGAUUUUGCGGCUCUGCCUCUUGCCCUCCUCUUGCCUUUCCCCACGUCUGUGUCCGUGCCCUUAGAGCAAGACCGUCCAUGCCGUUUAAAGUGGUGAUCACGUAGUCUAACAUCUGGGGGGGGUAACCGUCUCCCUCACUUCCUGGUUCAAGAGGUCGCGGUCGGUAGCCAGGGUGCUGGGUUGGGGGGGAAAGGGUGGGAAGUAGGUAUUGGAUUGAUCUCAGAAUCCACACCUUUGAAAGUCAAGUGUUACUGCAUUACUUUUCUUGUAUAAUCAAAGAAGAAGGGUAUAAUCUGAGAGAGAAAGUUAAAAAAAUACAACACUCCCGAUUCCCCACCAUUCUUUUUUAAUCUUUAGGGUAGGGAUGUUAUUUAGAAAUUUUGCUUCAGAACCCAUCGGGUUUCCAGUUUCUGGAUUUGGGUUUCUUGCAUUGAAGGCUUAAAGCUUUCGGAGUUCAAAGCCUCUUAGAAAAGGUAAUGAAGCUUCGCUGUUACUGCUGAUGGGAGCUGUUCUUUACCAGGCCAAAGCUUGCAUCAUCCCCCCGCCUGUGACUGCCUUGCCCCCUGCAUUAGCCCCGAGGCCUGGAGUGCUGGGGGUGGGGGUUGGGGGGCUGGAAUCAGUGGGCGCCCCGGAGCAGCAGCGCAGGGCCUCGGGCACAGAAGACACCACUGUGCUCGUCUGUGCCUCCUUGUUUCUUAUUCCUUGUGUCGAGUCUGUUACUGCCUUAGAAUUUUGAGGAAUAAUUCGAUUUAUUUAUUACUUUAUUUAUUUUUGUAGCACAUUUCAUUUUGCCUUUGAGACAGUUCUGUCUGUUUCUUAGAAGGCUUCGUUCUGCUCUGAGCCAUUGAGGCCCCCUCUUCUGUGGAGUCAGAUGACGAUUUUAGGAAAUGUUAGGAAGUGACAAUGUUCCCUUCCUGCAGGUCAGUCCUGGGAUGCUUUGGGAGGAAUCUGCCCUUCUGAGAUGGAUGAUACCAUCUUACCCUGGCACCCCCUGUGAUGAAUUCUAGGUUGUGAGGGAUCCGGCCCAAUAGCCCAGGAUGGAGUACAGAGGAAUUGACUUGCCAAUCAGGACAUCGUCUGAUUCUGGGAUUUCAGAGUCCUACUCUGAGGGGUCAUCUUCUUCAUGACGGUUCCUUUGGCCCAUUCCUUCCUGCAGGUGUCUUGCGCCAAGCCUCCCCCUGCUAGGGGGGCAGGAACUCGAAGACCAGGGCCCCUCACCAUAGUUCUGUAGUCGCAUCUGUGUCCUGGAACAAAGGGCCAGACAGCCUGUACUUGUGUCCUCCUGGGAGCAAAGCCUCAAGUAGGAUAGGAUGUUGUGGACUGAGCGGCAUCUUACCUCCCUUAUCUUCUAUUUCAGUGCAUUUUGUAGAGGACACUGGCCAAAAUGCAUCUACCUUGUCAGAAAUUAGAAAUUAUUCUAGUGACUGUUUGAGCCACGAAAAGCAGACUCGCUGUGCGUCAUGUCAUCAUCAGAUAAGCCGAGGGAGCACUCUUUCAGCGCAGAAGUUGAGUCACGCCUUAGCUAAGUGAGGAUAAUCCUUAUAAAAGAAGUUUCUACUGAGCUGUUCUCCAGUCAGCUCCAGCCUUGCUUAUUGUUCCUGUUUAUUAUUAACUUAUGGCUUUGAGCUGUCAGGCCAGAGCAAGCACCCCGGGACAACACUCUCUGUUUAUUUUUGCCAUGAGAUGCUCGGUACUUAUUUUCUUUGGCAUCCUAGUUCUGGUGCACCGGGGAAGCCGGAGGGGCCUGUUCCCAUCACCUCUGUGUGCCUCUUAUUGUCUGGGCACUUUUGAAGUCCUGGACAUGGUUACAUUUCAUCCUGCACUGGCGUGUCUUUGUCCCAUUCGCACAAAAUGGCUACAAGAAGAUAUUGUCACUAUCUGAUUCAUUCCCUCUUCUAUUAAAUUUCUGAAAUCAUCAAACUUUAGGGACCAAAUAUUACUUGUGGAAGCACAUGUAAUUAGUGAGAAUUUCGCAGCCCAGCAAAUCCUCAGUGGUAGUCCUUUCCUUAAUCUCUCCCUGCCCAAGUUUAUCGAACCAAACAAUGAAAUCAAAGUCAUCUGUCUCACCCUGUUCUCCAGAGCACAAAUAAAUACUAACCGACAGUCCGAAGAGAGCGCUUUGUAGUGGGGGAGAGAUUGAAAUUCUCUACACAGAGCGGCUGGCUUCUUCAGUUUCUUCCGUUUGUUUAGCUUUGCCACACUGUUGGGGCUUUUAGAAAGGAAGACCUAUUUAAAGUGUUAAUUUGUUCUAACAUUUCAUCACGAAAAAUGUUCAGCAAACAGAGAACUUAAAAGAAGUAGAUAGUAAACACCCUUAGCUAUACCCACCACAUAGGCUUUAAAAUUAUAAGCUGCUAAUUCAUUAAAACAAAAACGGUUCUCCCAUUCUGUUCCUUUUGACAAGUGUCCAGUUAAAGUGUGUUCCCUGCACAGAUGUCAGCUCUCCUGUGUCAGAGGACCCCUGAUUUUUUAGCAGAUUUGUUACGUUCAGCCUGAGUUACUUGGAAGGUGGUCCUCCCACAUUUAAAAAAAAAAAAGUUUCUUGAUCUCCAUCUUUCAAAAACUCCUGCUGUAUUUCCCCUUCCCUCAGGCCAGAGCUUCACUCUUUUCUUCUCAAACUGGCACCCUGGAGGGAGGGGAGCCAUGAGGCUACUCUAGAAGGACUUUAAUCUGUUGCUUUACCACAGGUCCUCAGGCCUGUGAACUUAAAACUCUAUCAGACAAUGACUAGCUUUGUGGUGGAGGUAGGUAACAACUUGAAAUAAGGCCAUUCUGCUUCUGCUGCUUUUUUUUAAUAAUUCAUGCACUUUAAAAAAUAUUACUUAGGAAAGCUCAGACUUUUUAAAAGUACAUAUUGCCCCUUUUUAUGUGUAUAUGAAAGAGUUAAAUCUGAAAGUUCUCUGUCUUUUAUUAACCAAUGGGAUUAGAUAUUAUUGUAAAACCAGUUACAGAAAAUAUCUGAGUUUAGAUGUUUUUGAUGAGCCCGACCCAGUUCCUCUUUGAAAGAAUUGGGUGAAACCCAAAUCCUAAAGUGUAUCUUUAUAUUGAUUUUUUAAGACCAUUUUUCUGCAAAAAGCUGCCUUUUAACCCCGAGGUAUAUAAUUCUAAGGUAUGGAGUUGAGUGACCCUACUGUUUUACGUAAAGGACUGUUGUUUUAGUGGAGGGUGAGGGAGGGCAGGAAUGAAAUAGUUCUGUGAGGCUUGAGGACUGCUUUUUAAAAUUGAUAGUAAGAAAAAAAAAAAAACAAGAAAAUGAGGGGAAGAGAGAUAAACUGUCAAAUGUAUUCUGAAAUUUUGCUCAUAUCCCAAUUUUGUUUAGUUCUUUGUCUGUAUGUCAUUAGUUGGAAUUGUUCUUUAAGCCAGAAGCCUUACUGGUUCUCAUUGUGCUUGUUGGAGAAACACCAACCCCCUUUGCUGUCUUUUCUAACGGAAUCGACUUUAGGAAUCUUUUGUGAGUAGGUCUCCUCUACUAAGUGUAAUCCCCUGACCCAAGGCUGCAUUUCACCUCCCUGUUCUCUGGGUCUUAGAGUCUAGUGCCGUGCAAAGGGUGGUGAGACUAGCACGAGGCUGGGAGGGGGUGGCAGCUGUGGCCCUGCAGCCCCAGUUGGUUUUGACUGUGGCCAAGAAAGGGAUGAAAUUGGUUAAUUUUGACCAAAUCACAGAAGGGCCUCAAGCCACAAGCUGUGCCCCUCUAGGCUGACCUCCCUGUAAGGGUUAGGACUCACCAUCUUCUGUAAUCUUUGUGGGAUGGUCAUACACACAGCCGUAAAUGGACUAGUUUGUUCUCCCUUUUAAGAGCUUCCAUUUAGAAUUUCUCCUGGGCCUGAAAGGUCCACUAGUUAAAGGUCUUCAGUCUCUUUCCACCUGGCUAAAAAUGUAGAACUCCUGGAAACCUGAAUUGGCUGGAAAAGGGAAAAGCACCGUCACUAUAGAAUCUCAGUGGUUGAAAAGAGUUGGAAGGUGAGUUGGAAGGAAGGUCAUUUCAUUUCUUUUGUUGUGAGCGGUAGCACAUUCAGGGAUUUAUGUUCUUUAGAGAGCAAGUCAUUGUAUUCAUUGUAUGUUGGAUUGUGCUCAGGGAGCCCUGAUGCAUGAUUCUUUGGGAAGUAAUAGGGAAUGGGUGUCUAAAACCAAUCACAAGCUGGGUGCUUUCCAGCAACGCUGUCUGUGAUGAGUAUCUUCAUGGCCAAAUACCCAGUCUUCACACAGAAUCCUGUCCCUGGGCCCUUAUUUCCAUAUAACUGAGAGAUAAAGAGGGAGCUUAGGCUCCCUCCAUUUCUCUCUGAUGUCUUGAUUAUUUACCCUAUUGUUUAGCAUUGGCAGAAUGGUAUCUAAGGCCUCUGGUUACCUGAUUAACCAGAAUUGAAUAACAGUGUUUGAUGAGAAGAUAAGGCAGUCAGCUUCGGUUAGAGGUAGGACGGGGGAGGGAUUGUGACUUACAGUCCCAUAUUGGGAUAGCUGGGUGAUUUGUGGGGACUGUUCAGUCAUCAGUGGGAACUCUUGUGAACCUCACCAAGUGAAUGAAGGAGGAUGUGUCAGUGAGAUACUGAUGAAGACAACAAAUUAUUUGAGUUGAGUAAUAAAUAGAGCAAGCCUUCCAUCCAUGGGAACUACUGUCUGUCACUGGCUAUAAAGGCAAUUGUAAUGUGAGUUUGCGGCUCCUCAGUGUUCUCAGCCGAAGAACCGCCUGGGAGUUGGUUCUCGGUGGCUGCUUUCCUGGAGAAGGGGGAGGCACCCAGAAAAACACUGCUUUGGCUCAGUGGGUACCUGGUCAUGGUCAGUGUCACCCCUUUGCUCUGUCUAACCCAUCCAGCACCUGUGAGCACUCCUUUGAUAUCUACUGAGUUAUUUAGAUUCUGAGGUUAGGGCAGGAUUUGGGACCCAAAGGGUGAGAGAAACUUUGCUAAGUGUCGUGUGGCCAGAUUUCAGAAAUCACCGCUCCCUCUGAAGUGUUGCAUUGCCCCUGCCUGAGCCACGAAUGGCACACAAAGCCCCUGCUGUUUGAAUCUAUUGUCAUUAAGCUAAGAAAACCCAGUUGCCCAGAGCCUUGGGAUGGAGUUCAUUUACAAAUAGUCAUUCCCUCAAAAACUAAGUCCAAAAGUAAGAUGCUGGCUUUGAAAUUAUUUGUGGUCCUGGUCACUGGUUUGAACUCAUGAUCUGAUUGCCGUUAUAUGUACUUUGAUUUCUUUUAGGCCCCAGGCAUGUGGACCAGAGUUAAUUUCAUGGCUCUUCUUUACCCUGAGACUUGAGGAGAAGGUGUCUCAGAAAUCUAGAUAUAUAGGCUUCUUUAUUAAAUUCCAUAAUUUUCUGUCCCUUUAAGUACUUAUUUAAGGGUCAAAUAAUAUAUGUGAAAUGAUUUCCAGGGGACAAAGUGCAUUUACUAAAAGUUGCUAUAUAAGGUCAUGAACAAGUCUGGAGUUUAGGUUUGGAAUAUUCUAGCAUAUAGGGUUCCAGAAGAGCCCUUAGCUAACAGUCAGCUUUAGGAGUUCUCUUCCUGAACUCACUUCUUCACUCAGGUUUGAUAUCUCUCCGUCGAAAACGUUCCUUGUUGUUGUUGUUGUUGUUGAUUUUUAGGUUCAGGCCAAGAAUCGUCUGGAAAACAUUAUCUUAAUUCCUUCUCUCAUGUCCUAAUUAGUACAUUUUACUAAGAAAUUCUAUAUUAAAAACUCUACUGACAUCCGUUUCUGAGAUUUUUGUUCCAUAAGUGAAGUUGUUUUUAUUUAAUCAAGCUGAAUUAUUUCCAUUUAGCCAUGUUCAAGAGCAAGUAAAGUCUAGAGAAAGCCAUCCUGUAACCCAUGACUCUGGCGUACCCAUUUGCCCUUAGUGAUGGGAAGCAUUUUGAAAUUCUCAGGAGAAAUUUGCUUUGUAAUCGAAGUGAUGGAUUAUGAGAAAGCCAGACUUUGGGUAAGGAUACUUGGAAGAGAGGGAGGUGCUUGCAGACUUCCCAAACUACUUCAUGCCAUUUAGCUUGUAUUUCUGAAAGGCCUGGUUUGGUGCCAUGCACUGAGAUCUGUUGGUUGAUUCAAAGAUGAGUAUGCUUUCUUGGCAAUAUUUAAGCAAUUGGCAACCACAAAGGCAUUCUUUCCUUACUGUUCUCUACCAUGCGUUGGCACUGAUGUUACAGAAAGGGGUCCGGAAGGGAAACAGUGUCGCCGUCUUUUCUUUAAAGUACAAAAAUAGCCCAACAAGUCAUUUAUUGCAGUCAUCUUGUUUUACGUAUCCCCAGAGAAAUGCUGUCAACAUUUCCUGUGAUUUCUAAGAGCUCUGUACCAAAUUGUCAUUCAAUCGUUUUGUCCUGCUGAGUGGGUUUUCCUUUAAAAUACCUUCUCUUACCACCCUGUGGCACUGAAUGUGUUGCUGUGAUACACAGAUGAUUCCUGAGCUAUGGGUCUUUAAAUAGCUCAGUUCUUGUGUUUUUAAUAUUAUGUAACAGUUUUGUGUUGCUUUUGUGCAUUUCUUUGUCUUCUCUUCCAAGUUUUGAAAUCUGUCCUAAAUAAACUUUUUCACUAUGCACCUGAAA